ACCACGGCUGUAACUGUGCGGAUACUUGUCUCUCUGCAGACCUCCAUCCAUCUUCUUUCAGCUAUGUCUCCUAACACCAGUGUUCUUCUUCUCAUCACUUUCUGGGCGUCCAUGCAGGAUGGUUCGGGUCUUCCAGUGAUGAAACAGCUGGAAUUGGAGGCCGGUGAAGGUGUCCUACCACAGACAGAGAGGACCAAGCGUUGUGCCUGCAGCAGCCCAAUGGACUCUGAGUGCCACUACUUCUGCCACCUGGAUAUAAUCUGGGUCAACACACCCAGUAAGACAACAGUUUAUGGUCUAGGCAGUGCUCUGUCCAGACGCAGGAGGUCCACUUGGCGCUGCACCUGUGCCAACCCUGUUGAUCAGACCUGCACCAGCUUCUGCCUUCACAGCUCAGAAAUCACUUCCACAAAGGGAUCUGUAAAGAGACGUCAACUCAACAUAUUCAACAUCCUAAGAGCUGUGGUCAGCCGGUCCAAGAGACCUCUGGAUGCACCUUGUUCAGACAAGUCUUCUGAAGCUCAGAAGAAGAAAGCUCGCUAAAUAAUGUGGCUGUGGAGGCAGCGAGAGUGAGAGAAAGAGAGCAGCGACCACCUGAACAAAUGACACUGAGAAACAAAGGUCUGCUGAAAGAUGUGUUUGACACAGGGAGGCCGAAGCACCAUAAAGAUGUCUGUUUGUACUCAGGAAUAAAAUGUUUUCAGUUCUGCAAACACAUCAUGGAAACAGGUGUGUAGGAUUGGCUCUGAGAGGAGCUGCUUUCAGGACCGGAGGAACACUGUGCCUGUGUUUGUGUUUGCCGUCUAGUCUGAAAGAGUUGGAGAAAUUAAUACUGUCACACUGACAUAGAAGGACGUAACAGAGGAAAAGGACAUGGAUAUUGUACAUAUAUGUUCGAGAAUUUCUCGCAUGAACUGCAUGUUUUUGCUCAUUCUUUUGUAAAAUGCUUUUAUUAUAUUGCAUGUAUGGAUCAACAGAUGUGUUAUUUUACAGCUUAUAGAAUUACUUUUGUUAUGAGAGAAGGUAGGGAAGGUAAAAAAGUCAUGUAGAACACUGAAAGUGAUGUUUCUGUAUCAAAGAGUAUUGUGUGCAAAAGUUUAAAGCAAAUAAAUUAGAACUGAAGCCUGUA